AGUACAAUUUCCGAUCUGGAAAUUUGGUGCCAAAGCAUCCGGAGAUUUCAAUACCGCAACUCAACCGGCUCCAUCACCGCCAUUACGAUCCCUGAAAACUCGAGAAGGCUUAUCGAGGAGACCGGAACUGAUAACUCCUCUUAAUCCCACGUGAAAAGCCUCCCCUCGGCGCCUCAAUCACAAUGGAGAUGCGCUCCCUAACCCGCUGCCUCCGUUCGAGGCCGACAUCUCUUCUCUACAAGCAACAAUCAGGUCUCCUUGCAUCCCAAUUCAUGAACAGAUCCUCCGUCCGCAGUUAUGCGAGCAAACCCUCGGAACCCACGAAGCCUCAGACCCAAACCGCAACGCAAGCACCCUCCGACUUCGACGAAAUCCUUUCCAAACUAAACAUCAACAACCGCGAAUCCGCCGCCGAUGGCUCACUGCGGAACCGUCCUUCCGAAGACCCCCUCUCGCUCUCCCGCGCGGUCGGCAUGUCCGCGGAAACAGAAAGCUACCGGGCUCCCGUGCGGCGGGUGGAGCUGAAGCUGGGGCCUACUCUUGGUCGUCAGGUGCAUGUUGAGCCGGAGAAGGGCACAGAUUUGGCCUCCGCGCUGAGGAUAUUGCAGGCGACCUGCACAGCGAAUAGGAUCCGGUACCAGGCCAAUGGCCAAAAGUUCCACGUCAGACGGGGACAAGUGAGGAAGAACUUGAGGAUGGAAAGGUGGCGGAAGCUGUUCAAGUUCUCCUUCCAGAAGACGGUUAGUCGGAUCGAGAAGAUGAGAGCUCAGGGAUGGUAGUUGUGUUUAGUCUUUAAUGGUGUAUCAUUACGGCUGGUAUGGGGGUGUAUAUAGAAUGGGAUUGCAAAGGUCGCCAUCGUUGACAUCGAACGGAGGUCGCCUGCUAUCCUGCUCACCUGCAGU